CUUCUCUGCAAUUAUUGGCGAUCAAAUCAAAUCUGUCUCAAAUUCUUAACAGUUAUGGCUGCCUCUGGACGUUUCCCCAUCUUUACCUACGGUACACUGAAACAGGGCUACGCCAACCAUUACCUGAUGCAAGAUCUGAUCAGUUCAGGCGACGCUGUUCUUCUGGGUACUCGCCUGACCCAUCAUCCUUACCCGCUGGUUGUAGGUCCGUAUGGGAUCCCCUACCUCAUCAACCUUCCGGAGCAGGGCCACCGAGUAAGGGGCGAACUCUACGAGGUGUCGAAGCAGGGACUCGCCCGAUUGGACGAAUUGGAGGGCAUUGCGAUUGGACACUACGAGAGGUUAUCUGUUCAAGUGUACGAAGAGAAAAGCGGAGGCUUGGCGGAGGCGGAGGCAUACUUUGCGCAUAGGAAUUUCGGGGAGAAGAUGUGGGAGAAGAAAGGCAGGGUGGGGUUGGCCGAGUAUGGAGAAACUGAGGGGGAGGAGUACGUUCGAAAACGGAAUAGGCCUCCAGGGACAAGUUUUCUUGAUGAUAUUAGAUCUUUUGUUAAUUAAGACAUAAUCCAUUGAAUUUCUAAUGUUCCCAUUCAAAAAAUAUUUGCCAGACUUUUGGUUGUAAUCUCGUUUCAAUAAAAAUAAAAUAUUUUAAGUUAA